AAUAAAGCAUCGGGAUCAUUGACUCUUUCAAACCCCGAAAGAGCCGUUAAAGACUUGAAUCAGACGUUUCCCCUUCAUAUAUAUAUCAUUCUACCUUUUCCCCAAUCUAAAACCCUAGCCUCCAAAAUAUCUUCAAAUCAAUCAAUCGUUAGUGUUUGUUUCUGAUCAACAAUGGCCCGUACAAAGCAAACCGCUCGUAAAUCCACCGGCGGUAAAGCUCCCAGAAAGCAACUCGCCACCAAGGCUGCUAGGAAAUCUGCUCCCACAACCGGAGGGGUGAAGAAGCCCCAUCGUUACCGUCCCGGUACCGUCGCUCUCCGUGAGAUCCGUAAGUACCAAAAGAGCACAGAGCUUCUCAUCCGUAAGUUGCCGUUCCAAAGGCUUGUUCGUGAAAUUGCUCAGGAUUUCAAGACUGAUCUGAGGUUCCAGAGCCAUGCUGUGUUGGCGCUCCAGGAGGCUGCAGAGGCUUACCUCGUGGGUCUGUUUGAGGAUACUAACUUGUGUGCUAUUCAUGCCAAGAGGGUGACCAUUAUGCCCAAAGAUAUCCAGUUGGCCAGGCGAAUUCGAGGGGAGCGCGCUUAGAUUUCGUUUUGAGUAGAAUUGUAGUUUGAUUUGUUUUUCUGUUUGAAGGGUAUGUAGUCUUUACAUACUGAAACUGUGUUUUGGAUGAUGUGGUGUGAUGUUUUAGGGGUUGGUAUAAGAAAACUUAUUUGUUUGGCAUUUAAAAUGUUACUUGAGAAUUGAGACUUGUCAUUGAUAUGGGAUUAAACUUGUUUGUUGCUUA